CUGGCAACGGCUCCAGCUAGUCGCUCCGCCUACUUGUCGCCCCCGGAUGAAACCCGCCACUACAAAGCCCAGCCCCCUAAGCUGAAGAUUCGUCGUGCGAACGAAGACUUCGUCGAAGCAGACUACGAACAUGAUUUAUAUCAAAUGCGAGCGCCAGACAACGACAUGAUCGUUACGACGACCUACGCGACUAUAGAAGAUCCUGUGACACCAUUCCCGGAAGUCAAGUCUAGUAAGCCGAGACGACCACGGCACGUUGAGCCAAGUUCAGUAGCGGAGUCGGUAGCUACCUCAAGACCAUCCGCCUCUGGAUCGACUAAGACAUUGAAGACUUCUACCACCGGAACUCUUGGCGAUAAAAUUUACCGCUAUGAUCCACUGGGCGAGUCGGAAUUUAGACUGGUCAGAAUCUUGCCCGCAAGAAUGUCCAAGAUCAAGUGCCAGGUGAGACGCGAAUCGAUCUCCAAUCCCCCAAAGUACGUGGCCGUUUCGUACGCUUGGGGCGAUGCCGGGGACACUCGGCGUCUGGAGCUCGAGGGCACCGACAUACCGAUUCCCGCUAGUCUGCACGGUGCCUUGGAUGCGCUCCGCCAGAAGAACAGCAUCGUCACAGUCUGGGUGGACAGGCUCUGCAUCGAUCAGCAGAACAGAGAUGAACAAACCCAACAAGUUCAGCUCAUGACCAAGAUAUACAGCAAAGCUGAGUCAGUGGCUGUCUGGCUGGGUGCCGAGGCGGACAGAAGCCUAGCGGCGACAGAGCUCCUUGAGGAAUUAGCCCAGAAAGCUGCCUCGCGCGAACGAAUCACGGAGCUUCUGUCUUCGAGAAGCAGACAGGCGGACAUAUCUGCGACGGUGUCUCUUUUCGAGAGGGACUACUGGAAGAGGCUGUGGGUUGUUCAAGAGGUUUUCAACGCCAACAAAUUACACGUCUACUGCGGUUCCAGCAUACUUCCGUGGCGCGUCUAUCAAAAAGCAGCCGACGUCUUCAAGGAACGCAAAGGUGAUCUGGAACACUACUUUCCCGGGAACUCCCAGGGUAGAACAUACGCCAGGGCAUCGCACAAUCACUUCACCUACUCCCAGAUUCUGACGAAUCAAGGCCCCAGCAGCCUUCCCUACAUGGACGUUCGGUCACCCGCACACUUCGGAGCGGAGAGCCUUCUGGAGGUUAUGCGUGUUUGCAGGAGGAAGUUCGCAUCAGAACCCAAAGACAAAGUAUUCGGAAUCCUCGGACUGCUGUCGGAAGACGUACGAAGCGAAUUCAAGGUCGACUACAGCUUAUCGGUCAAGGAGAUUUACACAAACGUCGUCGACUACCUCGUACACACUACCGGACGUUUGGACGUCAUUUGCGAGGCAAUUCACUUUCCGCUACAUACUGAUACCGCCAGCCUGCCCACAUGGGUCCCUGACUGGUCCCGCAUCCCGGACACAGCUGCCAUCGGCGCCAUGAUUGUCACGCCGCCCUUCGCCGCAUCGAUAGACACCAGGGCCGAGUUCGCGUUCAAAGACGAGAGACGAAACAAGCCUGAGAUCGGCGGCAUCGAAAUCGAUACCAUAGUCACCCGUGGCAUCACUGUCGGCACUCUGUGCACGCUGGCCGACUAUCUCAUGGCAUUCGUUCACUGGCGGGCUCUUCUCCUCAGACAUUUCCGACCCGAUGACGUCGACGCCCACGAGAUUUUCUGCAAAGUGCUCCGUAUGAACCAGGUUCCUAGCAGUUGGCCUCAGUCGCUCAACUGGGUGACGGCGUGCUACCACGUGUUUGCGUCAUUGAUCCGGGAGCGUCUGCCGCACUUGCCGCUUGACCGUGACCUCGAGAAGUACAUCGAUGCGAAAGUUGACAUCAAGCCUGACGCUCGUUGGAGGUUCCUUCAGGAAAAUUUCGGGUCUCGGAUGAUGGGGCGAUGCUUUUUCGUGACCGAAAAAGGUCGCAUGGGUAUGGGUUCUGGAUUCAUGGAAGUCGGCGAUGUCGUCGUCGUUCCGUUUGGCUGUUCUACGCCUGUCAUACUUCGUCCGGAGGGAUGUCGUUCGGAGUAUCGCUAUGUUGGCGACACAUACCUUCAUGGAUAUAUGUACGGGAGAGCCAUCGAUCAAUGGCAUGAUGGGGAGAGAAAGGAGACGAAGUUCAUACUUCACUGA